CGCAGAAACGCGGAACGUCGGACCGGAUAGAUAGGAAAUGUCAUCGUUAUCUCGAGUCGGGUUUGUUCGCUGAGUUCGUCCACGCGAUCUCCGUACUUCUCGCUGAAGCGUUCUCGCGCGGUGCCGCAGCUGCUGGUCGGAAGUGGGUGGUGCAUCCGUUCGAGAUCGGAAGACCUCAUUUAUUCCUUCCUCUGUCUCGCCGGGGGUCUUGUGUGACGCGUGCAUGCAAUUACGUGACGUACGCACGCACGUACGUACGCCCGCACGCACAUACGUACGCGAGCGCACACGGAUACAUGUACGCACGACCCACACGACGCGCUAAUGUAGUGACACAAUGAUGAUGCUGAUGAUGACGAUGACGAGGGGAACGCGUUAGGUGCGAAAAAAGGAGCGGCCUCGUACUAGGGAGAUAGCUGACCAGCACGUACGGUAACCUAACCUAACCUCCUCAUCGUCUUGCGACAACAUGAAGUCGGGCAAUACGGACAAGCACAGGGGCACGAUCCUCUUGAAAGCGGAGGAAAACGAGCAGGUCUUCCAACUAAUAGGAAACCGAUGUCAGUGUUUAGCAGCUGGUGUUAUACAAUUAUAUUUGACUGAGCCACCCUUGCAUAGGGAUUGGGUUAAGAAAAGUACAGGUAUUAUAACUCUAAUAAGAGAUAAUCCAAGACGCAGUUUCUUUUUGCGAUUAUAUUGCUUGCAAAGGAAAGCAAUGCUGUGGGAACAUGAAGUCUACAAUUCGAUGGAUUAUAAAGCGCCGAUGUCAUAUUUUCAUACAUUCGAGGCGGAGGACUGUAUGGCUGCGUUCAAUUUCGCAAGCGAGACUGAGGCUAUUACAUUAAGAAACAUACUUCUUGGCAAAUUAAAUGCUAAACGUCAAAGAAGGCAGGAGAGGAGAGCGAAGGAAGCGCAGCCGAGUAAUACAUUGCCUUGGAAAAAUCAAAGCAGCUUAUUACCCUUCACUAUUACAUCGGGCUCCUCGAGUAACUUGCUGAAUGGUGCGCCCAACACAGUUGGCGUUAACCGAAGCGCCUCGAGCAGUUCGAUGUACAAAACAAAGAAGAAGAAGAAUGAGCAGGACCUCAAGCGCAAGUUGACCAAGGACGAUAUCAGUCUUCCUUCUAAUUUCAGACACGUGGCGCACUUAGGCUGGGAUGUAAAUAACAAGGGCUUGGAACUCGAUUCCGUGGACUCACAGCUGCAACAGUUCUUCAACAAUGCCGGCGUGUCGGAACACGAGCUCCAAGACAAAGGCACUCGGAAAUUCAUCUACGACUUUAUCGAAAGAAAUGGUGGUAUGAGCGCUGUACAGGAGGAUAUUCGGCCGUUGGCUAAUGCGAAGAGUAACAAUCAACCUCCCGCACUGCCGCAAAGACAGGAAUAUCCUCCGCCUGUCCCAGCACGUACGAUACCUCAUCAGACGCGCAGCGCUCCACCAUUACCUCCGAACCGUCUCACCGCAUCACCGAGUGUGCCUCCUAGCCUGCCUCCGAGUGCACCUUCCAGUGUCUCGUCCACUGCUCCGCCAGUACACAGAACAUUGCCAUUGAGACCACCUCCACCUGCUAUAACCUCGGCGCCGACUCUGCCUCCGCCUCCGCCUCCACCACCGCCGGCUCCACCUUUAAGGAACAACUCGAACGUUCCUGCGCCACCGCCACCACCACCUCUGCCGGAUCUGAGCAAUACCGACAGUACAAUCAAUACGAACGCUACUAACAAUAACAACAAUGAGAAUUCUGUCGCAGAUCUCAGGCCAAUGCUCAUGGAAUCUAUUAGAAGUGGCACGACUUUGAGAAAAGUUAACAAGUCGGAAACUAAACCGGCACCAGUUGAGGAUUCAAGAAGCGAUUUACUGCGACAAAUACGCGAAGGCAUCGAAUUGAGGCCUGUUCCGAACGAAGUGAAAUCGAACACAGCACCUACGCUUCGUGGCGGUCUAGCCGACGCGUUAUCCAGAGCUCUGGCUGAACGAUCUCGUGCAAUCCACAGUGAAAGUGAGGAAUCGACUAGUGAUACCAGUGACGACGACGAGUGGGACGACUAAAUCCGGGUUAGUUGACAAGUCCCGAUUGCAUGAUUUAGUCUAACAGAAAGAAAAGAAACUGUUACACAUCUUUAUCAUAUUUAUUCUCCGUAACUAAUAGAGGCACACGACGAUAUUUCAGAUGAAAAUAUAACUAAAAAAAGGCUACAAUAACAUACUACUGUGAUAAAUGUAUUAUCGAUGAAGAUAUUAAUGGGCUAGCCUCUAUGAAAUGUGUAAUGUAAAUUAUCAUGAAAUUUAAUAUCCAAAGAGAAGUGAAAAUUUUCACAGAGAAAAGUAUUUGAAAGAAGCCACUUUACUAUAUCAUUAAAAAUAAAGACACUAUCUAUGAACAAGGCAUAUAAGGGCGGAUUUCACCUUAAUCAUUUUCCGAAGAGGAAGUUAUCGAUACGUAAUGAAUAGAGCGUGAUUAUCGAGAGAGAUAUUUCAUAAGAUUGUUUUUAUUUUUUAGAGAAGAAUAAAAUUAGACAUACAAAUUUUUCCUUGAUUUGCCCUAUUUACAUUAUCCAAACAAUUUAGAUAAACGAGGAACAUAAUAAAAAAUACAAAUGAGUAUCACUUUAGCUAUUUUAUACUUCAUUCGCGAAUUCAUUAUUGUCGUAUGUCAAUGAACAUGAAAACAAAUGGAAAGUCGAAAUUUUUUAUAUACAAGUUACAAAUCUUAGAUUAUAGGGAGAAAUAGUUUUCAUAUUUUAUACUUUACAGUGCCGGCCAUAGUAAACAUACAGAUAGAGCCGAAUUAAUUUUAGAUAAAUAUUGUAAUAUGCACUGAAAAUGUUCCUCAAUAUUUAACAAAGUGUGAAUACCUUUAUGUUUCUUUCUUGUACAUUUCUCUGCAAAACCUACAACUACGUGUGAACGAGCAGUGAAAAUAGAUUGAUAUCAGCGGAAUUUAUACCGAUCUAAUCGACGUAUAUUGCUCGAUAUCAGCAUUGCUCCGUUAAAUUGUUAAAAGUACUACUCGCCGCAUUUACAGCAAUAAUAUCAAGCUAUAUGAACGUGACGAUUAUGCGCUGAGGGAAAAUCAGGAUUCACAAUUUUAAAUGUUCAGUAUUCAAUUUAUGAUUGUGUGUGCCCAGUUCUUUUGGAGAAAUUGUUGACUAAUCUUCGAUUGAAUAUCGCUUAUGUAACAAUCAUUUCAAUUGCCGAAUAAUCGCUCGGUGCGGUUAAUGAUUUUAAGUUAUUUUAUACCGCUUUUUUAAUUACGUGUGCUUUAUUGCUACAUGUAGAGACCGAAUAUGGACGCAAAGAAAAGUUGUCGGAGGAACAAUGUGAGUGAGGCACAAGAAUAUACUUUUGCCGCUAUGGAGAAAUCCUAGUCACAAGAAAAAAUAUAUUAUUAUAUUUUAUUAUAUUCUAUAUACACACAAUAUCACACAUAAUAUCUAAACUAAGUUUUCGAUAUUUUCCUUUCUAUAUUUACGUUUUUUUGACUGGUACGUCUAUGUAUAUCCGAUUUAUACACAAAUUAGCAAACCUAAUUUGUCACUACUACUACAUUUAAAUAAUAGAAGAAUUUAUACUACUUGUUAUUUGUAACAAUAAUAAAAUAGCAAGAUAUUUAAAUUCGCGUUUGUUGGUGAAUAAAUUCUUAAUGAGACUAUAAAAUUGAGAGGGAAUUCUUAAUUGCGUAUAUCGAGGUGAGUAAUAGAGCACUUGAAGCUGCAAAAAAAAAUAGAUUUUGCGCACGCGAUUUAAUAAUUCUUUGAUAGUUGCGUUAUACACGUAACUUGAUGAUCAAAAACAAUUUAUCAUACCUAUUUCAAGCAAAUUAUAAUGUAAAAUACUCAGUCGAGAGAUUUUAAGACAUCAGAUAUAAAUUAAUAGAGAAAUACGGUUACAAAUUUGGCCUAAGAUUUGUAUACAUUAACAUUCUUCUUAAUUUAGUUUCAUCCGCAAUGUUUCGUUCAUCUUGAAAUAAUAUUUAUUUUCUAUAUCAAAUCCGGAAAAAAAUAUUCUCCCAGUAUAACUAACGCGUAUUAUUUUAAGUGACAUCCUGUAUUUUCUAGAGUAAUUAGAAUAAUGAUAGUCCAAGAAGAAGUAAAAAGUUUCUAAUAUACUAUAACAAUGUAUAGCACGUGUUAAAAACAUGUAAAACGGCAACUUCCAUUUUUAUUUUAUAUCAAAUUUAGAGUUAUUUCCAAAAAUUGCAGUGAAUGCAUAAUGAGUGAGUGAAUAAUAUAUCGUGCUAAAAUUGAAAGCAUAGCGUAAGGUAUCUGAAUGAUUUUGUGAUGAUUAACGAAAAAUAAGUUGGUUUCAUCAACGACGAUUAGCAUUAAUCGUGUAAUUAUUUAAUUCUAUUAUUUAAUUCUGCCUUUGUCUGUUUGUAAUUAUUAAAAAAACAAAAGAACGAUAAGAUAGAAAAUCGGAUUAAAGAUAAUGGACGUUGAUGAAACCGCUCCUAACGAGUUUGAACUCAGAACUUUAACAGAGCCAUUGUCGUUUAAAAUUAAACUUGUUAUAUAGAGUUAUGCAAAUAACAUUAAACAUAUGUUAAAAAA